CCAGCAGUGGCCCUGGAGCCCAGAGAAGAGGUUUCAGCCCUAACUCCUCAGGAUACUACUUCUCCAUCUCCACCACAGAGCCCACUCAGGCUGGCUCCUGCACCACCACAGGGUUCACUAGUCACUGUUGCCAGGGAUGAGAUGUCUGAACGACCAGAGACCGUCCCAGCAGCCCCGACACAGCCAGCACCAGACCAGACCUUACCCCAGGACAUCCCCACAGCAGUUGCUAGGGCUACACCCAGCCCUCCGGAUGCCUCAGAGAAAGCCCAGCUCAACAUGGAUGAAGACGAGGAUGAGGAGAGGGAGGGCAGCCAGCAGGUGUCCGUGUCAGAAAUGAGUGGCACCCAGCCCACAGAAGAGUCCAGGCCUGGUUCAGCCGGCCCUGCGGGCUCGGGGUGGCGUGCAGGCGGUGCCCUGCUAUCGGAGCUGGACUCUGAGGAGGUGAGCUGUAGCCAGCAGGGGGUGUCGGAGCUGAGCGCUCCGGGUGUCCUGGAGGGCACGGAGAGCAUGGAUGACCUAGGAGAUGCCAGUCUGAAGGGUGCCAUAGACAUGGAGGGCAUGUCUGCCUCGGCCGGCUCGCCUGACUUUGAGAAGGUGUCUGACAUCCCGACCAAUGAUUUUGAUGACUACGAUGAAGACGGAGACCGGGUGUGCGACAUGGAGGUGGGUUCGGAACGGGCGGAUGACCCAAGAAGAGUGAGGCAUGACGAGGAUGAGGAUGAUGAUGUGGAGAUGGCUAGUGAGGGGGUGACUGAGAGCGGGCUGGAGAGCUACGGGAAUGCAGAUGAGGAUGACUUUGCAGAGGAUGAGAGACUGGACAACCUGAACCGAGCCCCGCCUGCCCCACUCCUGCCCUCUGCCCUGGCCGCCCAGUGGGACCAACCCAACCCCAGCUCCUUUUGUGACCCCUGGGCCCAGCCGCACCCCCAGGCUGCCUCAGCCGCCCCCCUGCAGACCCCUUCCAGCCCCUCUUCAGACCCCUGGCAGGCUGAUAAGAAGACACCCACCCUGUACUCCACUCAGCCCUGGCUGCAGCUGGCUGCCACACCAUUUGUUCCAGCCCUGCAUGAGCCCUCACACCAGCCUGCCCCUGCAUCUCCACUUGAAAGAGAGACCCUAGCCCCGUUGCAGUCCCUGUCCCUCAUAGCUGCCUCUGGACGCGGCAUGUCACACUCCAGCACCCUAAGCCCUACGGAGCUGGCUGUCCACAGCAGCAGCGAGACCAGCACCGCAGAGGAGCUCUGUGACUACAACAGCAGCUCCGGGGUGGAGUCCCGCUCUGAGGGGGGGAAACUCCACACCCUGCCUGCCGCCGUGCUCUCCCUUCAGCCUGAAUUGGAGAACCAGGACCUGGGAAUCCACCUGGAGAGAGAGGACGGCGAGGGGGAGGAGGCAGAGACCCUGCCAGCCGACGAAGUCCCAGGGGACCCCACAGCACCUACGUCCAACCCCUCGUCCUCCACCACAGAGGAUGAGGCCAGCGACACGGAGGGCGAGGCGCAGCUGGGCCAGGACAUCCUCAGCGACAGCAAGCCCGGCGCCCAGCGCUGCCUGUCUGCCCUGGAGGAAGGGGAGGAGACCAGCGGUGGUGCAGAAGAGGGUGGAGACACCCCCCAGUCUGCCAACUCAGCGGCAUCCUACGCCUACGACAUGACUGCGUCCAACUCCACGGCUGAGAGCUGCGCCAAGAGCCCCGGCAUCUUCUCUCUGGAGGAGCUACCUGAGGAGGCCAAGGACCCGUCGCUCAUCCAGGAACUGACCCUGCCACCAUCCCAGCAACAGGCUGCCUCGGCAGACUCCCUCCUCGUCUCCAACCCAGAGGAGCAGCAGUAUAUGUUGUGUGGGACACUUGAGGCAGAGCUGGGGGACACGGGGGAUCUGAAACCCCUGGACCCCACGCUGUUUGCGGCCCCCCAGCAGUUCGGGGAGGGCCCCCAUGUUACCCAACCGCCCUACUACUCCACUAUCUGUGAAAACACUGAGAACUCUCUCACAGGGAUCAACGCGCUCCCCCAGCCACACUACCGCCGCGACCACCACCCCAACCCCCACUGUGACCUCUUGACCCCACCCAGGCUGACCUGUGCUGACCUACCCCCCCGGAGCCCUCGCCUGCAGGCCAGCCCCCAGCUCCGCCGACUGGAACGGCACAAGCAACAACUACUAGAGCUGCAGCAACGCAGAGAACAGCAGAGCAAACCCAAAGAAGAAAACGACAAAGAGGUGAGGAAGAAGAGCGAGCAGGAGAAGGAAAUGAAGAAAAAGGAGGCAGAGGAGGAGACUCUGAGGAGGGAGGAGGUGGAGCAGAGACAGCAGAUCAUGCAGUGGCAGCAGGAGCUGGAGGAGCAGACACAGCAGAUGUCACCGCAACAACAACCCCAAAAAGGUCAGGCAACAGUGCUGGUUUCACCUUCCUCUGGUCUCCAUACCAUUUAUGAAGCCCUGGAGAGUGAUGAAGAGGAGGGGAAGGAAAUUGAGGUUAAUGUCCAGCUCGAACAACGCGAAGAAGCCCCUCUGGAGAAAGAGGUUGACAGUAACAGUGACCGCCGAGAGUUAUUGGACGAAGCCGGUAGCAACUCCACUUCCAGUCCCUCUCCAGACUCCCCCGAGCAGGAAGAGUCCCGGGACUCCUCCCCACCCCCCGUCUCCCAAGAAUGCCCCCCUUCCCUGGACCUGGACUGGGGGAAGAAAGUUGACAUUGUCCAGCAGCUGAUCAACCAGACCCUGCUGCUGACGGGCGAUGGCUGCUCCUCCCUGCUCUUGCUUCCCGGGGGCAGAGGAGGCACCUUGAGCCCCCUGGAGGCCAGCCUGUGGCCCAACCUGCUACCCCCCCUCACCCCUCCCUCAGCCACGGUCACGGCGGUCAGCAGCUUCUCCCCGGAGGCCCCCGGCCAGUCCCCCCAGGGCGAGUGGACAGUGGUGGAGCUGGAGACACACCACUGAGGGACGUGUGUGUGUGUGUGUGUACACACAGUGAAGACUCACCACUAAUGGUCGCACACAAUGUUAUUCAAGGUCUGUCAGUCACAUCACUGCUGUACACCCCACUACUGUAACACCACCUCUCUUAACUCUCCUUGCCAUUCAACACCACUGCAAAUACAACACUAAUGUUUGUUACACUGAACUUAUACCACUGUAUCCUCAAACAUGAUACCUUUUGAAUGGGUGGCAAAGGCCACUGACACCCCAGUCAUAUCAAUCACAGACUGACUCACACUGGAAUUUUACACCUCUCAUGCCAAAACAAUCAUGUUAGGUUACACACCAACAGUCCCAGAAGGCUACUACCUUGAUUAGGCUGGUUGACUGAAGCUUCUGGACCAGCUAUUUGGGUAGAAUAGUGACCGCUUGUUAGCCAUGGUCCAUUUUACUGAAGCCAAAACGACUGGAUUCAUCACACACAUGCAAUAUGUUCAGGUUGGGGUCCUAGGUGGUUUAGUUUCCACUGAAGAUGUUGAUUAGUAUAGAUGGUUAACUGACUAUUGGUCUGAAUUACUGAUGACAAACUGCACUUGACUAGACCAGCAUCCUAUGAUUACCCUGAACCUGUCACUCACUCAAUGCCUGCUUUCCUUUGUGCUUCAAAACCGUUUUGAUUUACUCUAGAGCAACAAAUCAUAGAAAUAGAAUCCCUAGAACGGUCAUGGGAUCCUCAUUCAAAUUGCUGAGGGCCUUUUUCCUGUCUAGGGGUUCUACUUAUAUGGGCCAAGUAACUGUUUCUCUGACAUCAAACCAGAGGCCUUCCACCAGCUCAGGUAAAACACUGGUUGGCCGUAUGUGUUAGAAUAAGGUUAUUUAUCGACUGAUGAAUGCCACCAUUUUUCAGGGUGGUAUUUGACUAAGCAGGAUAUAUUUGGGAUCCAGCUUAGUGAAAUACACCUGGGUGCUAAUAAAAUGGACUGUUUCUGUUGCAUGCUACUGCUGACUCUGAUGGUCACUGGAAAUAUUGGUUUAUUUUUGUUUUCAGAAGCACCGUCUCAUGUCUUUGUUCUGAAGACUUGGCCCUGUAUCCUGGGCGGUUUACCUCAUGUUUGGUCUCGUUUCUGUGGUUAUAGAUGAUGUCAUAAUGGGGGUGGGAGUGGUCAUGACAUUGAUAUGAGGUAAUGGAGGAAUGAAGAGGGUCAGAGUGUAAGAGAACACGCUAUUGAGUAGAUUACUCUGGGGAUAUAACCGGUUCUUCUGUGAGGCUGCUGGGUCCUAGCCUGGUCCCAGAUCUGUUUGUGCCGACUAUCUGCCCAACUCCUAUGGUCGUUUGGUGUGACGAAGAUCAUAGGACUUGCCAAGACGACACAAACAGAUUUGGGACCAGUCAUGGGUUUUUUGGGGGGUUAGUCAUGAACUAAGUUUGACUGAUGGUGGUACAGAGUUAACGUUGUGGAUGUGGACAUGUAUGUUAUGUGUGUCUGGAUGGGAAGAAAAACAUGUGAAUUACCUCAGUGGAUUGUGAAUAUAGUAAAUGAGUGUCCAUUAAGCCUAUAAUAUGGAUUAUAGAGCCUUUGAAAAUAGUUGUUCAUUGCUCCAUGUCAGAUCAGGUUUCAAACUGACAGUCUUUACUACUAGGGUACUUGUGUUCAAAUGUGAACUUGCAUUGCGCCUCACUGAAGUUGACUUU